UUAUUUAAACAGUUUUUCUCAUUGCAAAAAAAAAUCAUCCUGUAUUUUCUUUUUUCUAGAGACAGGUAAGUGGCUGCUGUAGGUUCCAGUAUAGGACAGUAAUAAUUGUGACUAAGUUGGUAGUGGUUAUGGUGAAUAUAGAGUUCUUGUCCUAAAUUAUAUUGAAUACCCAAAUCUGCAAUGAGAAAUCACCAGAGCUGCACAGAACCUCCUAGAUGUAGAUUUGAAGUAUAUGUCAGCACCUCCUAGAAGCUGCUUAAACCAUCAAUCUAGCAGAGAGGUUUUAAGAAGCCAUUGCUUUCAAGUAAUUAAACUGAUACUACUCUCUGCUCUGGGAUUCCCUUCCAAGUUCUUAUUUUAAUGAAACACUGGGGAACAGCUGGCUCUAUUGGUUUGGCUGAGACUUGAUCCCUCUCCCCAAACAGAAUGUCUUGAUUGAUUUGUAUUGAUCAGCCUCAGUGGAGGACUUGGAUCUGACUAUAUCCAGCCCUGGACAGAGAUAGUCCUCCCUUUUCUCCCCUGUCCAGCUAGCAGAUACUUUGUUCAAUGAGGGGAUUCCUAAAAGAUGCUCUGCCUCACCUUUACCAUUGGAUUAUAAGCAUCUGGGACUCUGAACUGCAGCUUCACCACAGUUAGACAUGGAUCUUCUCAAAGCUUUUACAAGCUUUCUGAUUUUAUAUUUUCAUUCCUGUAAUGGAGCCAGCCUCAAUAGUGUGGAAACGAUCCAAAAAGCAGGACAAAUCGUUUGUAAACAUGGGACACAGAGACCCUGCUACAAAAUAGUUUACUUUCAUGACAUCUCCCGGAGGGUGAACUUCGAGGAGGCCCAGGAAUCAUGUAAACGAGAUGGUGGUCAUCUAAUGACUAUACGAUCCGAGGCAGAGCAAAGACUCAUAGAGAAGCUUAUCCAGAGCCUCACAACAUCUGAUGGUGAUUUCUGGCUUGGUCUUAGGAGGACAGAAGAAGACAUUCAGAACUCCAGUGACUGCCAGAGUCUAUACAGUUGGGUAGAUGGAAGUAAACCAACAUUUUGGAACUGGUACGUGGAUGAGCCAUCAUGUGGUAGUGAGGUAUGCGUGGUCAUGUACCACCAGCCCUCGGCCCCGCCGGGUGUAGGAGGCCUUUACAAGUUCCAGUGGAAUGACGAUCGAUGCAACAUGAAGAAUAAUUUCAUCUGUAAAUAUUCCUUAGAAACAGCAACAAAUCCUCCAACUCGAAACUCUUCCUUUGUCGAUGCCGGGACAGGUAACUUGAACCCCAAACAUCCCACAGUAUCUGUGAAGAGCACAAAUGAAACAACUCGAGAGGCUGAAGAGACUUUCAUACAUUAUAUCCUCAUUGCCACAAUACCUCUUACGACACUCCUGUUGAUUUUUAUCGGAGUGCUAUGCUGCUGCAUUGCAGAAAAACGGAGCCAGAAUAACAAUGACACUACCACCAAAGAGCAAAGCUUUUGGGUGUCUCAGCAUCGCCGUAACAGUCCAAAUUUGGAGGUCUACAAUGUCAUCAAGAGGCAGACCGAUGCAGAUCUAACCGGAACUAGACCUCAUAUCCAUAACACAUCUUUUCGGGUGCCUUCUGGAGAAUGUUCACCCCCUGACAAUCUCUCGGGGGAAUACGAUAACAUGGGAGAACACCAUUCUGAAAGCGGAUUUGUCACCCUCGCCAGCACAGAGAGCGGAUUUGUCACUAACGAACUUUAUGAAUUAAGUAAGGACACAUUUGGAAAGAGCACAGAGUCUGGUUGGGUAGAGAAUGAAAUCUACGGAUUUUAAAAAAUAAAAUAAAAUUACGGACAAAGAAAAAUCAUGCUGGCGAUGUUUAAUAAAAUACUAGAAGCAAUAUUGAAUGACUUUUAUUGAGGAACUAGUAUUUGACACAAUAUUGCGGUAAAUUCUACAUUCUUACAUUUAAUAUCCCUCUUUCCAGCAUGGAAUGGACUUGCAUUAAAGAG